AGGAACAACACCUUCUGCAAAACACCUAGGUUCUCAAUGGAAGGUCUCCAUAGGACUGUUUCCGAUAUCUCCUUCGAAUUAAGCAUAGAAGCCAUCGAUGCAAAGCUUCCAACGAUCUCUGAAGUAGAGGAUGCUAAGUGUGAGUGUUGUGGUAUGAGCGAGGAGUAUACGCCGGAGUACAUUCAGCGGGUGCGUGACAAGUUCUCCGGCAAGUGGAUAUGUGGGUUGUGCUCGGAAGCUGUGAAGGAAGAGGUGGAGAAGAAUGGUGGGAGAGGAGAAGAAGGUUUGAAUUCUCACAUGAAUGUGUGUGUGAGGUUCAAUAGAAUUGGUAGGAGCUACCCAGCUUUGUUCCAUGCUGAUGCAAUGAGGGAGAUAUUGAAGAAGAGUACUAUAGGGUUGGAAGGGAGAGGAGUUAGGGCUAAUAAGACUAUGAGCCCUAGGGAUAGGGGUAGUGUGAAGAAGGGUGGGAUUGCGAGGAGCUCAAGCUGUAUCCCUGCCAUUACCAGGUAGAUGACUGACCUGAAAACGGUGGCAUGAGUUGAUGG